GGAGUUGGAGCGGGGCCGGCGUCGCGGCCGCUACUGCUGGCCGAACUGCUGCCGCCGCCGGGUGGACGGGCGGACGCGCAAAGCCGGGGGCGGGCGCGGCGGGGCGGACCGGCCCCGAUGAGGCGCAAAGAGAAGCGGCUCUUGCAGGCGGUGGCUCUGGCUCUGGCGGCCCUGGUCCUGCUGCCCAACGUGGGGCUUUGGGCUCUGUACCGCGAGCGGCAGCCCGACGGCAGCCCUGGGGGAUUGGGGGCGGCGGUGGCCCCCGCGGCGGUUCAGGAAUUACACAGUCGACAAAAAAAGACAUUUUUCUUGGGAGCUGAACAAAGGCUGAAGGACUGGCAUAACAAGGAGGCUAUCAGGAGGGACGCACAGCGCGUAGGAUAUGGAGAACAGGGGAAGCCUUACCCCAUGACCGAUGCCGAGAGAGUGGACCAGGCGUACCGGGAAAAUGGAUUUAACAUCUACGUCAGUGAUAAAAUCUCCCUGAAUCGCUCUCUCCCCGAUAUCCGGCACCCAAACUGUAACAGCAAGCUCUACCUGGAGACGCUCCCCAACACCAGCAUCAUCAUCCCCUUCCACAACGAGGGCUGGUCCUCACUGCUGCGCACUGUUCACAGCGUGCUCAACCGCUCGCCCCCAGAGCUAGUGGCGGAGAUUGUGUUGGUCGAUGACUUCAGUGAUCGAGAGCACCUGAAGAAGCCCCUGGAGGACUACAUGGCCCUUUUCCCCAGCGUGAGGAUUCUCCGGACCAAGAAACGGGAAGGCCUGAUAAGGACCCGAAUGCUGGGGGCAUCAGCUGCCACCGGAGAUGUCGUCACUUUCUUAGAUUCACACUGUGAAGCCAACGUCAACUGGCUCCCCCCUUUGCUUGACCGCAUUGCUCGGAACCGGAAGACCAUCGUGUGCCCAAUGAUCGAUGUCAUCGACCACGAUGACUUCCGGUAUGAGACUCAGGCUGGGGACGCCAUGCGUGGUGCCUUCGACUGGGAAAUGUAUUACAAACGGAUCCCAAUCCCUCCAGAGCUGCAGAAGGCUGACCCCAGUGACCCAUUUGAGUCUCCCGUGAUGGCUGGAGGGUUGUUCGCUGUGGACCGGAAAUGGUUCUGGGAGUUGGGUGGCUAUGACCCUGGCUUGGAGAUCUGGGGAGGAGAGCAGUAUGAGAUCUCCUUCAAGGUGUGGAUGUGUGGGGGCCGCAUGGAGGACAUCCCCUGCUCCAGAGUGGGCCACAUCUACAGGAAGUAUGUGCCCUACAAGGUCCCUGCCGGAGUCAGCCUGGCCCGGAACCUGAAGCGAGUGGCAGAGGUAUGGAUGGAUGAAUACGCAGAAUACAUCUACCAGCGCAGGCCGGAGUACCGCCACCUCUCAGCUGGAGAUGUCGUGGCCCAGAAAAAGCUCCGAGUCUCCCUCAACUGUAAGAGCUUCAAGUGGUUUAUGACCAAAAUUGCCUGGGACCUGCCCAAGUUCUACCCACCCGUGGAACCUCCGGCUGCGGCAUGGGGGGAGAUUCGCAAUGUGGGCACAGGACUGUGCACAGACACGAAGCUUGGCACACUGGGCUCCCCACUGAGGCUCGAGACCUGCAUCCGGGGCCGAGGCGAGGCUGCUUGGAACAGUAUGCAGGUCUUUACCUUCACCUGGCGGGAGGACAUCCGGCCUGGAGACCCUCAGCACACCAAGAAGUUUUGCUUCGACGCUGUCUCCCACACCAGCCCAGUCACCCUCUACGACUGCCACAGCAUGAAGGGCAACCAGCUGUGGAAAUACCGCAAGGACAAGACGCUGUACCACCCUGUGAGCGGCAGCUGCAUGGACUGCAGCGAGAGUGACCACAGGGUCUUCAUGAACACCUGCAAUCCCUCCUCCCUCACCCAGCAGUGGCUCUUUGAACACACCAACUCGACGGUCUUAGAGAAUUUCAACAAGAACUGAGUCCUUAGACCUUGACAAACCCCUCAGGUUCCUGUGGAGCUCAUAAACCUUCCUCCUGUGGGAGAAGAGGCAUCGGUGGGCACCAAGGUGCUGGGUUCUUGAAGGACUGACAUGGUGGGGCCACGGGGAGAACAGACCAUACCAAUGGCUCUCCAAGAAGGCGGAGCCUGCUCACAUCAUAGCAGAGCUCACCAGCCUGUCAGCAUGUUCCCUAAGUGUUAGGAAUCGCCUGGGCAGCCUUGAGCCAUGAGGUUGCCCUUGCAGACAGGACAGUGCCCUAGAAAGGAAGGUGGUAUCGGCCUUGGGACAGCUUAAACCUGUGUGCCAGCUGCUGGCAAGGAAGUCUGCCUGUUCUUGAGGGAACUGCUAGAAUUGCCCAGCUUCUGUGUUGGUCCAGGGCAAUGAGAGGCCAUUGGGACUUCCGAGUGCUCCAUAGCUAGCACUGGCCAGCAACCAGGCGAGGGGCCCCUUCCUCUGCAGCCAGAUGUAAAGGAUGUCUCCCCUGGCUCUCUGGGUAUUUCAGAUGCCCGUUCUAGUUUCAGGGCUACCUGGGCACCAGGUCGUCAGGGCUAGUUCAGCCGGCUAAGUAGACCUCCAGACCGAACAGCUCCCAGCCAAUGCUUCCAAAGCCCUUUCUCCGUGCUUUUCCUUGGCGGCUCCCUGCCUUGGAGAGGAACCGGUGCUGUGAGGGAUCACCUCCAGAGUCUCCUGGGGGGUGGCUUCCCCCAGAUAAUGACUGCUGUGGUUCCAACCUCACAGAACCCUGGAGUUUCUGGAAAGUUCUGUGGUUCUGUUGAAAGCAUAGAUGAGCCAUGGCACGUGUGGGCAUAUAACGCAAGCAGCCAGGUGUCAGGCAACCCCUGACCCAAGCAGAGGCGGUAGGGCACCAGAAGCUUCGGUCCAACCCAAUGCCGUCACAGCCACAGCCUCGUGAGGUGUGAGGACAUCACCUUUAGCCCCAUGUCUCAAACAUGAACUCACCCUCCAAGGAGCUGGUCACUUGCCAGUGAAGUAACUGAGACAUGGUCCUGAGGCCAGAGCUCUGCCUUAGAGAUGCUGGGAUCGGGGUCAUCGGGUCCCCAGGCUCGUCGGGUUGGUGCUGUAGAACCACCUCCACGUAGCCCCUGUGCUGUCACAGCUCACUUGUGGAUUUCUAGUGCCCUUUUCCAUAUGAGCACUCUGUCUGACAAGUGGCCGGCUGGGAAGGAGUCAAAAAGGGGAGUGGGUGGGUGUCCAGAAUCCAGCAGGGAUGCGUGUUGCAGCCAAGGGGAGUUGAGUCCUCAGAGAGCAAUGCGGCCUUGUUUCAAUAAAAACCGUGCCUUUUACAAAGAGAAAAUGCAGCCGAGCAGCUGAUUCCCUAAACUUGAACCACUUACUAGUGCCUUGCUAGACAGACAGACAGACAGACAGGGGAGCGUGGAGAAGGGACACUUAUUCGGGUCCUAUGAGCCCAAUGAGUGUCUUUACGUCUGACUUCAAGCAGAAAGUGCAGAGCAGAACCUGAGACCCAGAGGCCCCCACAGCAGGGACAACUGCCUAUUUGUGCGGCCCUCCCUGAGACAGGACAGCUCUAGAGACCUGACAAGCCCAGAAGUGCUCUGCCUGAACCUCACUAUCAGGGGCGAGCUGAGCAGCUGGGUUUCCAGCGGAUGCCGAGCAGGUGGUUAGGGUGGUUAAGGCAGAUGCUGCCGCAAGCCAUCCCUAGCCUCACUCGCUCCCUUGCUCGCCCGAUUCAUUCCAUCCUCAUCUGGUUCCGUCCCCUUCUCCAGCAGUCACUUCCUCUGAGCGCACCUCAGCAUUUGUGACUGCUGAACUCUGACCUUAGAGCCUAAGACUUGAGGAGGUGUGUCACAGGAAGAACCAGGUUGGCUUGGUGGCUGGCUGCAGAUACUUAAUCCCCACCUUGUUUGGGCUUCAGGUGUGGAAAUCCUUGUCCUGAAGAGUCAGGUUUCUACUCUGCUGAUGGGCCUGUGCCACAGCCCACGCAGCAGGCCGGGCGGCUGGCCUCUUCCUCCAAAGCUUUAUUCAGAGGCUAAGACUACAAAAACAAGAUGUGGUUAGAAAGGCGGCCUCCCCUCCGCCCCGGAGAUUCCAGAAACAUUUUGGAAUGCAGUGUCCUUGCCAUGAGGCCAUUGUGUGGCAGGCAGGCUGUCUUACCCUGCCCUGCCAACUAGAGCUUCUGGCUUUAAAAGCAGCCAGCAAUGAUAGAUCUUGCGUUGCGGCAGUGAGCUGCUCUGAUGGGCGGCCUAGUGGAUCUCCAAAGUCAGCAUCAUGACUCCCCUUCAGUCCUUCCUGUCACGCUCCUCCCUGCGUGGACCCCUCGCUUCAGCAGUCCCUACUUCUCACAGAGGAGACUGUCUGCAUCCAGUGCUCAGGGCAGCCUGUUUGUCUAAAGUCAGGCAGUGUGAAAGGAACAAAGAGUGCAAUUCCACCCUGAAUUCAUCAGCACUUGCCGCUGAGGCUUUCUCCGGCAAAUCCUACUCAUAUUUUGGUUCAAGGUUUUGAUGCUGAGCCAGGGCCCUGCUGCCACCAUUAGGUGAGAGUGGUAGCUACAUCCCAGGUUUCAAGAUCUUAACGCGGUCCACUCAGCUCUGACAGGGAGUCCAGGGGCUGCAGGCAGGGAAGCUGGGCACUGAGACAGGGUUCUGGGGGCGGGGGAGGGGCGGAUCCCAAGACCACCCACCUCUCCUGGAAGAGAGAGCCUUGUAAGGAAUGACUUAUCCUGUUCAGUUGUGACUGUGGUUGUUCAAUAAACCUCCAGACUUUCUCUAAA